AGCCUCGAAGCCGCCCUCUCCCAGAUCCACGCGAGAGAGAAACUCGAGGACGACCUCCAGCAGCGCAACGUCAGCCUCGUCAAGGGAAGCCCAGCGGAGACCUUCCAGACAGACUUCAAGAGAUCCCAUCCGGUCGUGGUGGAGGCGGCGAGACAAGGAUCUCUGUACGUGGAGGCGUCGAGGGAACUCAAGAAGAGACUCAACCUCAGCAACGAAUUCGUGGCCUUCGACCUCCCUUUGCAAGGAUCACUCUCUCUAUCGGACGAAUUCUGCAACAAAACCAAGAUCAGGGAGGUUCCUGCAGACUGCGAGGCGUACAGGCGUUACAGGUCCAUCGACGGAACCUGCAAUAACUUCAAUAACCCUCUCUGGGGGGCUUCGAUGACGCCCCUCCUGCGGUAUCUCCCUCCCUUCUACGAUGACGGCAUAUCGGAGUUCCGCAGGGCGAGGGUCGAGAACGAGCCCCUGCCUAAUCCUCGCCUCUUAAGCACCAAGCUCUGCCUCGAGAGGAACGUCGAGUCGACCUCGAUGUCCCUGCUCCACAUGACCCUCGGCCAGUUCCUCGACCACGACCUCGACUUCUCGCCUGUGGUUAAAGGCAAGGAUGGCAAGGACCUGCCAUGCUGCCCCGACGUUUUGGGCGACGAUCCCUCGCUGAUCCAUCCGGAAUGCGCCCCUAUCGCCAUCCCCGAGGAGGACCCCUUCUACGCGGCCUUCAACCAGACCUGCAUGGAGUUCGUGCGCUCCGUCGCCGACUGGCAGUGCGAGCUGGGGCCCCGGAUGCAGGUCAACGAGAAGACCUCAUAUCUGGACGGGUCAGUCGUCUACGGCACUGACCUCGCACAGAGUAAUUCUCUGAGGACAUUUGUAGGCGGCCUCUUGACCCAUCAGAUGACCGACGGCGAGGAGCUGCUCCCGCCCAACCCCAGCAUGGCGGAGUGCAACAAGGAGGCCAUGGCGAGCAAGGGCCACUUCUGUUUCAAGUCGGGAGACAAGCGCGUGAACGUCCAACCCCACCUGACGGCGCUGCACAUCGUCUUCUCCCGCCGCCACAACCUCAUCGCCAAGGACCUCGCCGGCCUCAACCCCGCGUGGGACGACGAGAAGCUCUUCCAGGAGACGAGGCGGAUCGUGGUCGCCGAGCUCCAGCAUGUGGUCUAUGCGGAAUAUGUUGCCAGCGUCCUCGGCCCACUCUACAUGAGGCGAUUCGACCUCCUCCCACUCAAGGGAGAGAAGCGGACGACCUUCUACACCGCGGAAAUCAACGCAGCCGUCAGCGCCUCCUUCUCCGGGGCCGCCUUUCGCUUCGGACACAGCCAGAUCCCCGGCAAUUUGCAAGAGAUGGACGCCCACGGAGACACCUCCUCCCAGUCCAUGUCCUCCGCCUUCAUGAACCCCUUUUCGCUGUACACGAAGGGGACGCUGGCGAACCUGGUGCGGGGGGAACUGGCUCAGAGCGCCACGCAAGUUGACUGCUUCUUCACGCCGCAGGUCGCAGGUCGCCUCUUCCGCGGGGAAUUGCCCUUCGGACUCGACCUCGUGGCCGUCAACGUGCAGCGAGGGCGGGACCAUGGCCUGCCUCCCUACACGGCCAUGAGAGCAGUCUGCAACUUGCCCCUGGUCGCCAGUUUCGCCGACCUGCAACCGGACAUAGACGGUCAAGCGGUGAAGAAUCUCGAGAGCAUGUACAGCCACGUGGACGACAUCGACCUGUUCAUCGGCGGACUGAUGGAGCAGCCUGUGCCCGGGGGUCUCGUCGGGCCGACCUUCGCCUGCAUCCUCGCCGACCAAUUCCUCAGGCUCAAGGUCGGGGACAGGUACUGGUACGAGACGGAUGACCUCGACACGCGGUUCGAGGCAGCCCAGCUGAUGGAGAUCCGAAACUCCUCCUUGGGAAGGAUCUUGUGCGACGUCAUUCCUGAGCUGAAGGAGGUGCAGAUGAACCCCCUGAGGAAGAUGUCCGCUAUGAACCCGCUGGUGAAUUGCUCCUCCUUCAGGAAAGUCCGUUUUCAUCCCUGGAAGGAGUUGUAGGAGGAGCCGGCCACGUGUGAUUGCAUUGAUACGUAUGGAGAUUCGGACGAAGGCGUUUGAGAGGAGGAACUAAUAUAUAUAUGAGAAUGUGGUAUUUUAUUUAUAUAAGAAUGUGGUAUUUUAUUUAUAUGAGAAUGUGGUAUUUUAUUUAUAUGAGAAUGUGGUAUUUAAUUUAUAUAAGAAUGGUAUUUAAUUUAUAUGAGACUAUGGUAUUCCAUUUAUAUAAGAAUGUGGUAUUUUAUUUAUGUGAAAAUAUGGUUUUAUUUCUAUUAAAAUAUGGUAAUAUAUAUUUAUAUAAGAAUAUGUUUUAUUUUUCGAAGAAUAUGAUAUUUUGUUUGAGGAAUAUGAUAAUUUAUGUUUAUA